AUGGUUCGCCCCCGGAUUAAGGUUCGCCCCCGGAUUAAGGUUCACCCCUGGAUUAAGGCGUCUCGUGAGGCUCUUGUAGUCCCCGGCACCAACGCCCCUCAGGCCAAUGGAACCCCACUUAGGGCAGCAGCUUGUUUAGUCCCCAGCACCAACGCCCCUCAGGUGAUAGCCCUGCUGAUGCGGGCGAUUGGGUGGGCGGGAGCGGCAGUGCUGGCUUUGGAGACAAUGAAGAGGCUGCUAGCGCCGACCAACAGAUCUCGAGACGUCAUUGUUGCACAGGCACUCAGGAAUGGCCUGGUGCAGGUCCUGCUUGCGAUCCUUGACUGGCGGGCAGGCGGAAAGGCUUCCCUGGCUGCCCGGAUGCGGUGGAGCGAAUCAGAGGCAGCGGUGGGGCGAGUUCUGGCAGUGGAAAUCCUGAAGCUGCUGGGAACUGAUGGGGCCUACUCCAUCCGUGUGCAAGAGAUUCUCAAUGGCUCUGAGGUGUGGCGGGCGUUCAAGGACCAAAAGCACGACCUCUUCCUCCCCACCAACGUGCAAUCAUCCGGUGCCGGUGUGGCCGGCCUGCUGCAGGGGGCUGGCUCUGCUGCCCUCGCCCUCCCUGCCCCUGCCGCCCUUCCCACCACCGCUGCCCCUGCAGCUGUUCCUGUUGCAGUUCCUGCUGCUAACCUCUCCUCUUCUCCUCUUCAUCCUGUGGAAGCUACCAGAAGCACUUCUGCUUUUACUGCUGCAGUGCCAACCCAUCACUCACCAGCCCCCACCGGCACUCAUCUCCCGCAUUCCUCGCACUCCUCUCCCUCCCUCCUGCCCCUAUCCUCCAUGCCCACUCCCCUCUCUCCCGCACAUCCGGUACCCACUCACUCUCAUCGUGCACACACUCCCUUCGCUCCCUCCCAACCUGCUUCUACCGCACUUCAUCCCUCUCCUGCACUAACAGUGCCUCUCUCCACACCUACAGCAGCUUUCUCGCCCUCUUCUUCCUUCCCAGCCACCGUCCCAACCACUGCAUCUCACCCGAACCACUCCCAAGCCUUGGACCCGCUCUUAGGUUCGGCACCAGGCCUGGCGUCAGCAGCAGAAGGGGCACCUGGGUUUCCAGGUACGGGACGGGGUGUAGCUGGUUCAAGAGGAGCCGUGCCCGCAGAAACACGCGCCUCUGCAGGGGGGGUUCUAGGGGCAGUGGAAAGCGCAGCAGUAGGGGCAGGAUUCAGUGGUGCCACUGCAAUAUUAGCGGCAGGUUCGCCAGCACCUGCUGUAGUCUCAGCCUCGGAUUUUGAUCGUGUGGUGGAGCAGAAAAUGCUAGGAGGGGGCGUUGGUGGGGCUGCUGCCGGCCAGGUGAUUGGUCAGGUGGUUCAGGUGGCUGGGCAGGCUGAGCGACAGAAUGAGGGGAAGGCAAGGUUGGAGGAUGAAGGGUUUUUGGUGCUUGGGAGGCGGGAGACGGGGGGUGUGGAUACUGGGGGUGUGGAUACUGGGAAUGAGAAUUAUGGGGGUGAAGAGGAAGAGGAGGUUGCAAGGCAGCCCAUAGGGCUGGAUGCUGCCCCCUUGUAG